CUGAGAUCCACUUGAGUAUGGCUACACACAUUCCAGCGAUUGCUCGACGAUGGUCCGUUAUGGGCCAGGAUGGGAUUGAAUCCCUGGUAUAUGGGGAUGUCCCGGUACCAGCGCUUCGAGACAACGAGGUUCUGGUACAGAUCCGAGGUGCCUCUCUAAAUCCCCGUGAUCUGAUGAUCAGUCGCGGAAACUACCCCUGGACCGUCAAGCCGGGCGUUGUGCCUGGUUCGGAUGGCGCUGGCGUUGUCCUGUCCGUGGGUAAGAGCGUUACUCGGUUCCAGCCUGGAGAUAGAGUGAUCACCAUGCUCAAUCAAAAGCACAUCACCGGCUCGGUGACUGUUGAAAUCGCGCAGUUCGGCACGGGUGCCUCGGUUGACGGGGUCUUUUGUUCUUCUGGUGCCUUCGACGAGCAAGCGCUGGUCUCGAUGCCGGAUGGGCUGAGCUUCGUUCAAGCUGCGACGCUGAGCUGUGCUGGGCUGACGGCUUGGAAUGCGCUAUUUGGGCUGUCUGGGAAGCAGGUUACGGCGGGACAAUGGGUUUUGGUUCAAGGCACCGGGGGAGUGAGCCUUUUUGCGCUCCAGUUCGCGAGAUCCGUCGGUGCCAGAGUCAUCGCCACGACCAGCUCCCCGGACAAAGUCGAAUUCCUCCGCGAGCUCGGCGCCGAUCAUGUCAUCAACUACCAAGACAUUCCAAAAUGGGGAGCCGUCGCUAAAGAGCUGACAGGGGGUUGUGGAGUGGACCUCGUCGUCGACAUCGCCGGCCCAACCACCUUGAGGGAAAGCGCUGCUUGCGUCAAGCUGGACGGGACAAUCGCGGUGGUCGGGAUCGCUGGUGGCAGCCCGGAAGGACAAGAGAUGCCCACCUUGCUCGAGGCCUGGCUGAAUCUGUAUACUGCGCGGGGGGUUUGGGUUGGGAGUCGGGUGCAGAUGGAGGAGAUGUGCCGUUGGAUCGAUGCGCACCCUGACUUCCGGCCUGUUCUCGAUUCGAAGGAAUUCAAGCUUAGCCAGCUCAAGGAGGCCUACGAGUAUGUGGCUUCAGGGAAGAGUCUGGGGAAGGGUCAGCCUACUCAACACCUAUACCCAUAG